CGCCGCGACCGCCGCUCCGCCUCGGACCGGGGGAAAGAUGCUCUCGCCUCGCCCGAGCUUCAGCGCGGGCGGAGGAAACACGCCGUCCCCCGCCCCAUCGGAGUCGGAAGUCUGUAACCGUUAUGCAAAAAAGGCAUCGCCCCGGCGGCUCGCCUCCCGCCGCGGCCAAUGCGGGCGGCCCGGCGCCGAGGACUACAGCUCCCGGCUGCCGCCGCGGCGCCGCCCCCCGCACCGCCAUGGCCUGGAGAGCCGCCCCGCGCCGCUUCGCGGCCCCGCUGCUGCUGCGGCGCCGCGGGAUCGCCUCGUGCAUCGACCCGUCUGCUGGUCUGACCGAGGAGCAGAAGGAAUUCCAAAAAGUGGCCCUUGAUUUUGCUACCAAAGAGAUGGCACCUCACAUGGCUGAGUGGGAUGAAAAGGAAAUAUUCCCCGUGGAAACAAUGCGAAAGGCAGCCCGGCUGGGAUUUGGUGGCAUCUACGUGAAACCCGAUGUGGGUGGCUCUGGAUUGUCACGUCUUGAUACCUCCAUCAUCUUUGAAGCCUUAUCGACAGGAUGUACCAGCACCACUGCCUAUAUGAGCAUCCACAACAUGUGUGCUUGGAUGAUUGACACCUUUGGCAACGAGGAACAGAGGCACAGGUUCUGCCCAUCGCUCUGUAGCAUGGAGAAAUUUGCUUCUUACUGCCUUACUGAGCCAGGAAGUGGAAGUGAUGCGGCUUCCCUGCUGACCUCAGCUAAGAGGAAAGGGGACACCUAUGUCCUGAAUGGCUCCAAGGCUUUCAUCAGUGGAGGGGGUGACACGGAUGUAUACGUGGUUAUGUGUCGCACAGGAGGCCCAGGCCCCAAGGGCAUCUCCUGCGUGGUGCUGGAGAAGGGGACACCAGGUCUCAGCUUCGGCAAGAAAGAGAAGAAGGUGGGGUGGAACUCCCAGCCAACUCGGGCUGUGAUUUUUGAGGACUGUGUUGUUCCUGUUGGCAACCGGCUGGGAGCUGAAGGGCAGGGCUUCAGCAUUGCCAUGAAGGGACUGAAUGGAGGCAGGAUAAACAUUGCUUCUUGCUCAUUAGGAGCUGCUCAUGCCUCUGUUCUUCUGGCUCAGGAACAUCUCACUGUCCGCAAACAGUUUGGGGAACCCCUAGCAAGCAACCAGUACCUGCAGUUCAGGCUGGCGGAGAUGGCGACGCGCCUGGUGGCUGCACGGCUCAUGGUACGCAACGCUGCACAGGCUCUGCAGGAGGGACGGGAAGAUGCAGCCGUGCUGUGCUCCAUGGCCAAGCUGUUUGCUACUGAUGAAUGCUUUGCGAUCUGUAACCAGGCUCUACAGAUGCACGGGGGCUAUGGCUACCUGAAGGACUAUGCGGUGCAGCAGUUUGUGCGAGACGUCAGAGUCCACCAGAUCCUGGAAGGUACCAACGAGGUGAUGCGGAUGAUCGUGGCCAGGAGCCUGUUACAGGGGUGAAGCCAGGAGCUCACCUCCAGGCACGGUCUGUUUCCCUGGGAGCGGAGAGCAGGAGGAAGCAGUCUGCCUGCCUUACGGGGAGCGGAGCGCAGCUGGAUGCCACCCACACGCAGCCACAGCUGUGCUCUGUGCCUGGCAGAGUGCUGUGUGCCCCGAAGAUGUGAAUCACAGCUCCCAGCAAGAGCCUCUGUCCCCAGAUCGUGGCCGCGGGCUGCCUGCCACCCAUCCUUCCUGCAAGGAGAAGGUCCUGUCUGCGAGCGGCGACACAGGAGCUUCAGGCAGAGCUGGAGGCGCAGCCUGACCGCCCGGAACCAUUCUCCUACCAAUUAAACCUUCAUUCAAAGGAACCAAUUGCUCUGCUUAAAGACCUUUCGUCCCGGAUGCGAGAGGCAGCGCUGCGGUCCAGCUAACCGCGAGCACCGCACUGACCCAGAGCAGCAGCGUGUACCGAGGAACUCCUGCUGAUCCGAGGCACUCCAUUCCCAGCACACUGCCCUGGGCCGCUCUGCUCCCCGCUGCAGCCCGUCCCUGCAGCACAGAGCGCCCAGCAGCGCCGCGCCCUCUCGGAUCCGAGCUCCCGCUGCCUUCGGGUGGGGGCAGUACAAACGUUGGUCGAUCCAAUCCCUUCCUCACAGUUGGAAUCAGUAAAGCGAUGAUUGUUAAAUUUGA